AUGGCGCAGGCUCGACACCCUCAGCAGCAGCAGCCGGUGCCGCCGCCGCAGUUCUCAAAUCAACCUUUCUCCCCGCCUGUUUCUUCACCCUCCCCCAACUCGGUCGCAUCUCCCGUCAAUGGAGCUGUUGCGCCUCCUCCAAAUAAACGCCCGCGGCUUUCUCCCCUGCCGCCGUCGCAGACUCAGUCUCCUUAUGGAUCGCCGAGCUUCAACGCAAUGCAACUACCCCAAAAUCCAUCACCGAUGAACGGCCAACCCAUGAACAUGAACACUAUGAAUAUGACACCAGCGCCUGCAACGCCCGCACCUGCCCCUCCCGGGACGAUGGGACCCCCGUCUCGACCUGUGGACAAGACGACGGACGCUGCUGAGCUGACAGACGUUCUAGCCUCGUCUGGAAUUGACGUCAGGGAAGAGGAAGCAUUCCUCACUCGGAGCUUUUCAGGGCAGACUGCGCAGGCGCAACCUCCCCAAAGAGGUCCACAAACACAACACCCGCCACCUAUCAAUACUUCUUUUAACUCUCAGGUGUCCGCGGGCACCCUCUCGGCUUCGACCAGUUUCGGCGAAUUGCCCCAAAUCAAACCGCAAGCCACUCACGACUCGUACGCGGACCCGUCCUCUCAAGCCUCUGCUCCUUUCAAGGACCCGAACGAACCGACUCGUGAGGAUACGGUUGCAGCGAGAAGGGCCCAAUACCACAUCCAGGAGCCAUUUUUGAUCACCAAACUCCUCGAGCAGAAGCUUCAAAAGCGAGGAUUUGACCUCGGUGUUCGCAUCCCCUCGGAAGGCUUGUUUCAUCCCGUUCCUGGUCGACCACAGCCAAUUGAGGUUACUGGUCCAGAUGGCUCAUCUGUAGUACGCACUGGCCAAACUAUUCUCAAUCAGGAAGGCGCACCCCUAGUUGACAUCCUCAACCUUUUGUCGAUUUCUGCCGAGGAAAGAAUCAGGGGUGUUAUUGACUAUUCGUCGACCCUCGCUCGGAGUCGCCGAUCUCAUUCUCACGGCGUGGUUCCUGAAGAAUGGAAGGACAUUGCACAGCCUCUCGCGCAGACGACGGGCAACCCACAGAGCUUACAGACUCCUGUGAAGCGGCCUCAUUCUUCUACGGAGUUAGGUACAAAGUCAAAUGCGGAUCGUUUCCGGACAAUUCUCAACCGUGAGGGUUCCCAAGAGGAGAGACGCGCAUCCAAGCGCGCGAAGCGCAACAGCAAUGCCAUUCUCAGCGAAGCUGGCCGAGCCGACUCGGUCGAUCCAACAGGUUCCGCUCCUUCAACGCCUAUCGGUGAACGACCACCUGGAACGGACAAAAAAUCUAUAACCAAGAAGGAAGCAAAGAAAAUGACAGACUCCAAGGCAACCGAGGCUCAGCAGCAUGCGCAGUCUGUAGAGACAGCUCGCAUGGCCCUUGGCAACUCUGGUCCCCGCACCAGUAUGUUCGGUACCAAGAAGUCCUACUCGUGGUUGAAGUCUGGAGGCUCUGGUAGUGGGUUCUCCUCCCCCUCCCGACCAACCCCGUCGACCCCCACUGCUGGGCCCGAGAAGCCCAGCGCCGGAGAACCAGCACCAUCCACCACCCAACGUCGCCUUGGAUUAUGGCGCGAGGAUCAAGAUAGGGGCGCGGGUAUUCAGGUCAGAGAUGUACUCUUCAUGCUCGAAGCCGACGGACGGGCGACGAGACAUGUGCAGCGGGGAUAUCUGAAGGACCCCAAAGAGGACCGUGAUCAUGCGCAGUGA